AUGUCCGUUAGCAGCAAACAUGCUGGUGGUGAUGAUAUCACACGAUGGACCAAAAGUGAUCAUCAGACGUUAGAUGAUAAACAAGAAACCAGUGACCCGGAAACUUCACCUUACUUGCACCAUCCAUCCCUGUCUUCCCAAUCUUCUCCAUCUCGAUCUCCAAUUUCAUGUCCAGUUAUAUCAUCCUCACCCCUCCCUGAGGAUUAUGAUCAGAACGACAACCAGAACUACAUUGAAAGGGAAGAGGGUGUUUCAAGUGAUACGUAUAGAAAACUGGGUUGUUGCUUUGAUUUCAGGGGUAACCUGAGUUUGGAUGGAUUGGGGAGAGCGAAGCAGAUUUGGUUUCUGCGAGGGAGGGUGUUUGAUGAAAUGCCGGUGAGAAAUGUUGUUGCUUGGACUCAAAUGAUUACCAGAUAUACACAAUGUAGGUUUGGUCGAAAAGCAUUUGGGUUGUUUGUUGAUAUGAUAUCGAGUGAAUUUGAGCCUGAUAUGUUUACGCUUAGUAAUGUUAUUUCGGGUUUAGCUAAACUUGGGAGUGUUCAGUGGGGACAACAGUUGCAUUCUAGAGCGAUACGAGGUGGACUGGUUAUGGAUGAUUUUCUAAAACUACGGGGUAAUCUCAAGUUUCUUCAAAAGCUUGAUCUUAGUCACCUCGAGCGACUACAUGGAUCAAUUCCUUCACAAUUCGGUAAAUUAUCAAACCUUACUUUUCUUGAUCUCCAAGGGAACAAACUUGAGGGUCCGAUUCCCGUGUCAUUUCAACAUCUACACAAGCUCAAUUAUCUAUACCUUCAAAAUAAUCUUCUGUCAGGCAGGAUUGCAAGCUCCAUUUUUGAACAUACGACUACUGUUUUAGAAAUCGAUUUCAGUGAGAAUCAUUUAUCCGGUGAAAUUCCAUCCUCAGUUGGUAAUUUAGUUUCAUUAGAUAGGCUUGAUUUCCAUCAGAACAAUUUCUCGGGUUGUAUACCAAGUGCCAUUGGUUCUCUUAAGAAUUUGUUAUGGUUAGAUUUGUCAAGAAACCAGAUAUCUGGUAGAAUUCCUCAAUCCAUUGGAGAACUAUCCGAAUUGCAGGAAAUAUACCUCCAUCAAAAUAGGCUUGGCGGAAGCAUUCCAAGUUCGUUUCCGAAGCUAACUUCUCUUAUAAUCUGUCUUAUACAAGACAAUAAACUCACUGGCAGUAUACCGUCAUCAAUUGGCAAGGUUCGAAAUCUCAGAAAUUUACCAACUUGGUUACCAAAAAUGAGCAAUUUUUUUAGCAUGAAUUUAGCUGGUACUGGGUUAACUGGGGAACUUCCGGAAUGGUUAUCUUCAGUGAAUUGGGUGUCUCUUGAUUUAUCGAGUAACAGGUUAACCGGAGAAUUGCCGACAUGGAUAGGAAACCUCUCAAUCUUGUCUUCUCUCAAUCUAUCUAACAAUCAUUUCCAUUCAGAUAUACCUAUUGAGUUCAACAAACUUUCAAAUUUAGUGGGGCUUGAUCUUCAUUCGAACAACUUCACGGGUGGAUUACGUUCCAUUUUCGAUAAAAGAACGCCAGCUGGCAUCAAACUUCCUGAUGGUCAGUACCGUAAUAUCGAUCUUUCUUAUAAUAUGUUUGCUGGUCCUAUUGAUGAAGAUAUUCGGAAUCUCGACGCCAUGCAUUCAAUUCAGGCAUUAGUACUAUCUCACAAUAAACUUACUGGCAAUAUACCAUCAGAGAUCAUUAACUCGAAGUCGCUUUGCGUAUUUGAUGUGUCACAUAACAUGUUGACAGGGGAAAUUCCUCCCCAUAACACAACAUUUCCUGCCACAUCUUUUGAAGGAAAUUCUGGCCUAUGCGGCUCCCCACUUCCUCCUUGUAAAGCCUAA